GGCAGCUUUUCGAUAAGGCGGCAGAAACAAAACUGAAGCGAUUGAGCAAAAAUACCUCUCUUCAUUAUCAAAGUUGGAUAUUUUUUCCAUCAUGAAAACCUCUAAGGCAGCACCACAGAGCUCACCACAGGCAGAAUGUGGAGUUUGGUUGGACACAGUGCAGCUGAAAGCAAAGGUUAAACAGAAACACCCUCCCCGUCCUAUCUCUAAACUGCUGAAUCCUCUGGCUGAAGGUUACAGUUUAGCUGUAGCACUAAACUUCACUCAAACCAAAAUGGAGAUGCCAAAGACUAAACAGAGCACCAUAUCAACUUUUUUCUCGCCUAAGCAAAGAGUUCUCCACAAGCCAUCUUCCAUUGAAGCACCAAACCCGGAUUCAUUUCUGCCCCCGCCAGUGUCCAUCGCAACUGAACCCUCAACUGUUUCAUCUGUGAGGAAACGAACGCGGGAAAUCUGCUUUGACAAUACGGACUCAGAGGAGUGUGAUGCUGGUGUGUGCUGGGAUUUGGAAAAGGAAAAUGUUGCACAAACAGAAUCAACAACUUGGCAGAAUGAAAGAAACACAUCUUCAGCUUUAUUAAAAUGUGAUUCUGUAGAGGGCAAACCUCCUCAGUGCAAGAGGAGACUCCAAGAGGUGUCGUCUUAUAAUAAUCAGACGUCUCAACAGCCAUGGAGUCAGGACCCUCUGCUAACCUGCAGCGAGGAAUACGUCUGCUCUGGGUCAAGUUUUCUAGGUGUUCAGAAUUCAGAACACUUUGGAAAUCUAAUAGAUGUGGAGGGAAAAACAUCAACUCAGAAACCUGUUGAAAACAGUUUCCGCAUUAAAGAGGAGAAAGAAAACAGCAGGUUAGUCUCCCUUAAGUCCCCAAGUAAACAAACCUUGUCUCAUUUUGGAACUCUGUCAAAUCAUAAGAGGGCAGAAGAGAAAAACGCGUCACCACAAAAACAACCUUUGCAGUCAGGAAACAAUCGUGUAAAAGACGCACAUUUUGACUCAUUGUGGAGAAAACCAAGAAGCUCUCCUCUUAAGAAAAUGCUUAAAUGCAGGGAAGCAGAUGAAGAGAGUUUGGCUUCGUUGUUCACUCAGGACUCGGAGGGCUUCAGGGUGAUAGCACAUCGAGGUCUCCAGACCAGGAGUCCACUCAAGGAUCAGAGUAACCUGGGCACCGGCUCGGUUAGGAGCUAUGCUUCCAAGCCUUUGAUGAAGAAGGAGGAGGAGGACGAAGAGGAUGAAAUGCUCUUUACCCAAGACUCUCAGGGAAACAUGGUGAUCAAACACUGAAGCAAUGCCUCUGUGUUCAAACCAGGAGGUUGAAACAUCAUUCCUUUUAUU